AUGUUGCGUGUGCUGUGCGACCACCGUUCCCCUGGUCUCGUGCUUCACCAAACCCCAGCGCUAGCAGCUGGAUUUCAACCUAUGGAAUGGCAUGAGGGAUUCUGUGAGAAACCACAUGAUGAAGCUUACAAGCUGAAAAUGGAUGAAGCAUUGCUAACCUUCUAUAGUGAACUACCACACAGCAUUAUGGUUCACUACACCUCAGAUUACUGUUAUAAGUGUCUUUAUCAGCCCCUUGCCACAGUUGAGAAUGGGCAGAGGAAUGUUUCUGUCGUGUUAAGCACUACAUUCACACUGACCCUAAGAAUCUCACCUGUGGAUGGAAACAGCACUCUGUGCAGUCUGAGUCACAAAUUUGAGGAAGCCGGCCAUUAUUCUCUCAGGAUGAGGCAGUCUGACUUGCUAAAUGAUGUAACCUGUUCUCUCAGUGUGGAUAAGAGUCCACACAAUACAUACCUGCCACUGUUAGUGGCAUUCUUGAUACUGGCUCUUACUGCUGUCAUUUGGGCCUCAUUUCCUUUUGUCCUCAGAUGUAGCUGUACUCAGAGGCUAAAGAAUCUUAUCUGUUGUCAUGGGUCCCAAAACUCUAUGGAUAUGGAGGAGGCAACUGAUGAUCCUUGCAUGGACAAAAGCAUAUCAAAGUCAUCAAGACUGAAGUCAUUAGACACAUUUAGAGGAUUCUCCCUGACGAUCAUGGUGUUUGUGAAUUAUGGAGGAGGCGGGUACUGGUUUUUUGAGCAUGCACCGUGGAAUGGUCUCACAGUCGCUGAUCUUGUGAUGCCUUGGUUUGUGUUCAUCAUAGGAACUUCAGUAGUGCUAGCAUUCAGCUCAAUGCAUAGGAAAGGUGUUUCACGGUUUCAGCUCCUUCGCAAGUUAACCUGGAGAACCAUAGUCCUGAUGCUCAUCGGGUUCUGCUUUAUAAACUACAGCCCAAGAGAUGGAUUAUUAUCCUGGUCCUGGCUACGAAUACCCGGAGUGCUCCAGCGUUUGGGUUUCACCUAUUUUGUCCUGGCACUGAUGCAGACCUUCUCUCCCCACAGAGAGAUCCCCUUGAGAGAGCACCACUGGUGGAGCCCAAUUCAGGAUGUGGUUUUGUACUGGCCAGAAUGGCUCUUCAUCGUGCUGCUGGAGACCAUGUGGCUCUGUGUCACUUUCUUAAUGCCUGUUCCAAACUGCCCAACUGGAUAUUUAGGGGCUGGUGGAAUUGGUGAUGAUGGUCUAUACACCAACUGCACAGGAGGAGCAGCUGCAUAUAUAGACAGAUGGUUAUUAGGGGACAAUAUCUACUGGCAUCCAUCAUGCAAGGUCUUGUAUCGUACAACCCAGCCCUUCGACCCAGAGGGUGUUCUGAGUACAAUUAAUUCCAUAGUCAUGGGAUUCUUUGGGAUGCAGGCUGGAAAGAUUCUUCUGUUUUAUCGUAAUGUGAAUGGCAGUAUCCUGACACGAUUCAUGAUAUGGGCCCUCAUUCUGGGAAUCUCCGCAGCCAUCCUUUCUAAGUGCACAAGAGACGAAGGAUUUAUACCUGUCAAUAAAAACCUUUGGUCCCUGUCAUUUGUGGUCUGCAUGGGCUGCAUGGCCUUUAUUUUGCUGGGUGUGAUGUACUUUGUCGUGGACAUUAAGGAAUGGUGGGGUGGCCAACCUUUCAUUUAUCCUGGAAUGAAUUCCAUUUUUGUCUAUGUGGGCCACUCUUUGCUGGGCUUUUACUUCCCCUUCAGCUGGGAGAUGUGUGUUCAGGACAGUCACUGGGAGAAGCUGUUCCAGAACCUGUGGGGUACCGCACUUUGGGUCUGCAUUGCUUACCUGCUGUAUCGCAAGAAAUUUUUUCUCAAAAUCUGAUUCUGAAGUGCACGUAGUGACAAGCUCAGUACAUCAAGUGCUGUUGUUACAAACUACCCCACUACUGUGUGGGCUGUUUAAAUUUUGGGCAUGAAUUUAUUGUCGAUAUUAAAUUUAUUGCUGUGACACCACCAUUUGACCCCUAUUUUAUUUUAAGCAUUAUUAUUCAAAAUGGUAAGCAAGUCCAAAACACACCGGGGACUCUUAUUUUGAAAUGAAGAAAUGAUGAAAAAACUAUCCUCAUAGUUUUGCUGAUAACCGAUAGUUCCAAAAAGCAACUAUUGGCACUGAUUAAUUGGUAAAACCGAUAUAUCAACCUACCUCUAGUCCAUAUGACUUGUGCGCUAUAUUUAACCUUUAACCUUUUAAUCAAAGCAAGUAAAAACAGCAAAUAAAAUUGGAAACAAUUAUUUAAUAAAAAUAAAUUAUAAAUUAAACAGACUAAUUACCCUUACAACAUCAUUCUCAAAACUGUAGGAAAUGUAUGCUCUCCCAUUUUGUGCAAUAAUUGUAUAUCUAGUAGAAGAUUUAAAAAGAAAACUUGUAGAUGUUAUAUAUCAAAUUAAACAAGAUAACCUGCUGUUUCCAAUUAUACAAGGUCUGGCAUUUAACAUCCAUUAACGUGAUUGAGAAUCACAUUAUAAAGACGAGAUAUUUUACUUUCUUACCCCAAAAUUCUUUUUCUUUUUUUUUUUUUUGGUGCUGAAAAUCUCCUAUAAAAAAAUUUACACAGAGUAUUACACCUACUGCUGUCACCCCAGGAGUGUGUACAGUAGUGAUAUCACACUUGUAGCUCAUUUCUAAUGGGUUAAAGGGAUAGUUCCCAAAAAUCCUUUA